AUGCUUGGGUCUCCGCGAGUUGAAAUAUGCGGGAGCAUGCGGAACCAUUGCCGUCCCCAUAGGAGGUUUGUGGGCGUGUGUCCCUACGCUGGCCUCAGCAGACACGCACCGUCUUCUCCUUUCCCUGCGUGCUACUACCUACGACAGCAACGAUGCCUCCACCACGAUCCUUGUGUCACUUCUUCAGCUCUGCAUAGAAGUCUCAGGGCAAAUUCAUUAGAUCCCCCUACAGAUAGCAAAGUUGUUGGCGCCCUAGCGCCAACAUGCCGCCCCCGGGCUGAGUGGCCUGCAAACAUCCUGGAAAGGGUUCGCCGGGAGCUGUCAGCAGGUCACAGUUCGCCCAAGUCUUCCUUGCAAGAUCGGUGGGCGAGCCCUCUCUAUGAUCGCACCAGCUUCAUUUCGUGGUGUGAGAUGCAGCAGCAGCUGCAGAAAAACAACCCACGAGCGUUUUUGCGCCGACUGAUGCGAGCUAUUUCCCACCCUUUUUCAGGCGCAGAAGUUGAUGUGGGCGCUUCUUUUGGGGCGCUCGACGGGACCCCUCAGGGUACAGAUUGUUCUCCAGUUGUGUACAAACGCUAUAUUGACGGGAUGACCGCAGCGCAUCACUACCCGUCGCGCCUGCUUCCCCCCCACGAGGCGGCUAAGCUCCCUCCUCUUUUUUUCGUUACACCGUUUGGCCUUCACGAAGACCCAAGCCCAUCCGCAGAGACGCAGGAUAUUAGGCUUAGGGAAAGGGUGUUCCGCCCUAGCAGCCCCGGGGCAAUUCUGCCAAAGACAUCGCUGGUGGAGCGCCUAUAUGGACGCGUCUCGCUUCUGUUUCUGUUCGAUGUGGGAGGGCAGCAUUCUCAGUUAGCCGAUGUUGCUACUUGGGUUCGCCGCCUGGAGAGCCACAGCUCGUUCAUAUCUUCUGUAUAUGGCCCUGUUUUCGCCUCUCCCACUGCUGCUACCUCUGCUGCUGCUGUUGCUACUGGGUCGCUGCCGCCGGGGCUGUUGCAGCAGCCGUGCCCCGGCCUUGGCUGGCGCGCAGACGGGACAGGUCCUGAGCUGGCGAGCCUGCAAUUCAUUUGCGUCGAUCAUGCGCCCUUCUGGCUUCGUUCUCUAGCCAUUCGAAGCAUGCAGUCUCUGACCCCUUCCUUCCGUUCGCUGUUGCCCUUUCACUCAUUUCCGCAGCGCUUGCGCAGGGCAGCACGCAUACAGGAGGGGCCGCGUGAAGUCCCCCAGGAUUCCCGCGAAGCUGCGUUGCGUCUUCUGGCUGAGGAGUAUGAACACCUUUGCUCUUUGAUCCGCAGCCGUGCCGCAGGGAGCUGUCUUUUUGGCUCUUUCAUGGGCUACAGCGGGCGCUGGGGGGCGGAAGAGGUGGAAACCUUCAAGCGAAGAGAAAGAGCGAAGUUCGUCUCCGUGCUGCUGGUAGACAAAGCCGCCAGAGUUCGCUGGCACGCUACCGGCAGCCCCACGGAAGAAGCGGUGAUGCUGCUCCUCUCAGGCCUCAAGGCCCUUCUUGCCGAGGACACAAAUGCUACCGCUUGCAUUCCCCGAGUCCACGUGUGCAGCCGCAGCAGUAGGAGCUACUGCAGCUACGCGUGA